AUGGGGACGUGCGGCCAGCCAGGGUAUGUUUUUCGGGAUUUUUGUCUUAAACAGGGUAUCGAAUUUAUCAUUUUUUGUCUUAAUCAGAGUAUCGAUUUAUCAAUUUUUGUCUUAAACAGGAUAAAUGUCUUAAACAGGGUAUCAAAAAUCGGAAUUCUGUUUUAAAUCAGCGAUAUUUGUCUUAAACAGGGUCAGGGUAUGAGGGGCCGCGCUGCACCUCCCCACCCAGGGAUAUAUCGAGUACCCCCCAUGCGUAGAUAUGCACGUGAAUAAAUCGAAAUUUGAAAGAAACAGUUCUCUACUAAAGUAUUAUCACAUGACUUGUAUUGCGAAAACAAAACAGCUAAAGAGGUCCAUUGGCCUCGAGGUCCACUAUUGUAUACGGCCGGCUGGUCACGACCGGCAAGAAUUCGGUCCGAUUGUUGAGCCUGAUUCUACUUUCAUCGAUUGUUGAGAUCACACGUGCGCAGUGUAACGUAUUUUUAAUGCGCUUUUAAACAUAUUAGCGCAUUCAUGUUUACUUAGUAUUUAAUUUGUUGAGGGAGAGUUGUGACUGUUUGAACCGGAUCGUCUUAAUUUGUUCUGCCAACGGUUUUGUGAUUGUUUGAUGGAUAUUUUUUGAGUUAUAUCAAGUCCUAUCCGCACAGCUGGGGGUUGGCUUCGAAAACUUUAUUAAAGUUUAUACUCCAAUUACCAACACUUUCCCUUUUUAGCUUAUUGCCCUUCCUAUGUUUGCUUACACUUGUAAAACAAAAAACAAAACAUUACAAAAACAAAACUGUUGAUACCAAAGGCUAAUGAGCCUGGUUAGCUUGUUUCUUUUGUUUUCUUAAUGCCCGGGGGUUGGGGGGUACUGCCAUAUAUGGGCUAUAUAGGUAUAUGCCGCUGUGAAGGGUAUGGUUUUCAAGCAGUUUACUCUAGGAUAGGGUAUAUAAAUCAGGCCCGGGUUGCUCGAAGCAUAGUUAGUGCUAACCAGCGUUAAAUACCAUGGAAACCUAUACAUUUUGAUACCUCUUAACCAUCGGUUAGCGCUAACCAGGCUUCGAGCAACCGGCCCCAGAGCGUUUGGGUCUAGAAUAGGGUAUCAUUUUUCAGGAAACUGAUCGGCUGGUUGAAGAUUUUAUCUAGACUAGCGAAACAGCUACUCUAGGAUAGGGGGAUUUGGGGAGUUUAGUCUAGUAUAGGGUAGCAAAAUUCAGCUGAACUAGCUCUGGUAUAGGUUAAGGAUUCCAAGGUCCCAGCGGCACAUCCCCAUCCAGAAAUUCCCAAAGUACCCCCCCCGGGAUUUCAUGUUAUGUUCUCAAGACACCCCGUCUCUCAAGGGAUUAUUGCCUUGUCUUGUAAUAAAUUUAUGAGUAUACAUGUACGAGAAUAAGAAGAAAUUCGAAAGAGACAGUGGGCGCUUUCCAUUCACAUGGUAAACCGAUCAGAUCACGGUUUAGGCAAAUGAUCGGUAAAAUUCGGUACCGGAGCAGUAAAUUUCAUUCCGAAAUCUCGAUAACUGUCUGCAUAAAUCAGUUCAUUUACCGAAAAAAAGACCAAGUCUGUAACUGGUAUCAAAGAUGGGUUUAAACAACUGGAACAUAAAUUUAAGUUUUUAACAUUCCNUACUGCCAUAUAUGGGCUAUAUAGGUAUAUGCCGCUGUGAAGGGUAUGGUUUUCAAGCAGUUUACUCUAGGAUAGGGCAUAUAAAUCAGAGCGUUUGGGUCUAGAAUAGGGUAUCAUUUUUCAGGAAACUGAUCAGUUGGUUGAAUAUUAUAUCUAGACUAGGUAAACAGCUACUCUAGGAUAGGGGGGAUUUGGGGAGUUUACUCUAGUAUAGGGUAGCAAGAUUCAGCUGAACUAGCUCUGGUAUAGGUUAAGGGUUCCAAGGUCCCAGCGGCACAUCCCCACCCUGAAAUUCCCAAAGUAACCCCCGGGAUUUCAUGUUAUGUUCUCAAGGCACCCCGUCUCUCAAGGGAUUAUUGCCUUGUCUUGUCAUAAAUUUAUGAGUAUCUAUGCACGAGAAUAAGACGAAAUUCGAAAGAGACAAUGGGCGCUUUCCAUUCAUAUGGUAAAUCGGUCAGAUCACGGUUUAGGCAAAUGAUCGGUAAAAUUUGGUACCGGACCGGUAAAUUUCAUUCCGAAAUCUCGAUAACUGUCUGCAUAAAUCAGUUCAUUUACCGAAAAAAAGACCAAGUCUGUAACUGGUAUCAAAGAUGGGUUUAAACAACUGGAACAUGAUAUUUAAGUUUGAAACAUUCCGUCCUGAAAAACAGGACUACCAUUUCAGACGUUCUGUUGCUCCGGAUAUCUUUUCAUUCCACUGGAAAGGCUCGAAAACCCCUGCUCCAUUUGCACCCAAACCAGAAUUUCCGAAAUUUGUUGGUAAAUGGAAAGCGCCCAGUAUUUCUAGACUACAAGCAGUCUCUCUUUUUCUUAUUAGACUCCGUCGAGCGAAACGCACAAGACAAGAAAAUGAGCACCGGCAAAAGAAUUUUGUUCGGGCUGCCGCCCUCGUUUCUUAGACACUGCUUGCAGUCCAAGUAUUAUAAACAGACACAAAACAAUAAAUAAAUAAAUAAAUAACACCCUUAUCUAAUUCGACUUUCAGCACAGUAAAUCGGGGCACUAUAGUGGCGGAUCCAGACUUUCAAAUAAGGGGGGGGUGGGGGGGCGGUAAUCAAGACCCUGAGAUAAGCGGGGGGGGCAGCCUCAAAAAAAAUUUUUUUUCGGCCUUUCGGGCCUCAUUUAGGUCUAAAAAUAACAGGGGGCCCGGGCCCCCCGGGCCCCCCGGACCCCUCCCCUGGAUCCGCCAUUGCACCAGCGCCUCCAGUUUGUCGUCCGCUUGGGUGGUUUUGGGUCCACAUGGUCCUAUGCAUAUUAUUCAUCCUGGACUCUGAUACCCAUUAAGAUUUCCAUUAAAGCUAUUAAAAUGGCAAUAAGCAAAAUCAACGAGGAGAGAGUUUUCCACUGGUUUCUUAUUUUUGUCUUAAACAGGGUAUCGAAUUUAUCAUUUUUUGUCUUAAUCAGAGUAUCGAUUUAUCAAUUUUUGUCUUAAACAGGAUAAAUGUCUUAAACAGGGUAUCAAAAAUCGGAAUUCUGUUUUAAAUCAGCGAUAUUUGUCUUAAACAGGGUCAGGGUAUGAGGGGCCGCGCUGCACCUCCCCACCCAGGGAUAUAUCGAGUACCCCCCAUGCGUAGAUAUGCACGUGAAUAAAUCGAAAUUUGAAAGAAACAGUUCUCUACUAAAGUAUUAUCACAUGACUUGUAUUGCGAAAACAAAACAGCUAAAGAGGUCCAUUGGCCUCGAGGUCCACUAUUGUAUACGGCCGGCUGGUCACGACCGGCAAGAAUUCGGUCCGAUUGUUGAGCCUGAUUCUACUUUCAUCGAUUGUUGAGAUCACACGUGCGCAGUGUAACGUAUUUUUAAUGCGCUUUUAAACAUAUUAGCGCAUUCAUGUUUACUUAGUAUUUAAUUUGUUGAGGGAGAGUUGUGACUGUUUGAACCGGAUCGUCUUAAUUUGUUCUGCCAACGGUUUUGUGAUUGUUUGAUGGAUAUUUUUUGAGUUAUAUCAAGUCCUAUCCGCACAGCUGGGGGUUGGCUUCGAAAACUUUAUUAAAGUUUAUACUCCAAUUACCAACACUUUCCCUUUUUAGCUUAUUGCCCUUCCUAUGUUUGCUUACACUUGUAAAACAAAAAACAAAACAUUACAAAAACAAAACUGUUGAUACCAAAGGCUAAUGAGCCUGGUUAGCUUGUUUCUUUUGUUUUCUUAAUGCCCGGGGGUUGGGGGGUACUGCCAUAUAUGGGCUAUAUAGGUAUAUGCCGCUGUGAAGGGUAUGGUUUUCAAGCAGUUUACUCUAGGAUAGGGUAUAUAAAUCAGGCCCGGGUUGCUCGAAGCAUAGUUAGUGCUAACCAGCGUUAAAUACCAUGGAAACCUAUACAUUUUGAUACCUCUUAACCAUCGGUUAGCGCUAACCAGGCUUCGAGCAACCGGCCCCAGAGCGUUUGGGUCUAGAAUAGGGUAUCAUUUUUCAGGAAACUGAUCGGCUGGUUGAAGAUUUUAUCUAGACUAGCGAAACAGCUACUCUAGGAUAGGGGGAUUUGGGGAGUUUAGUCUAGUAUAGGGUAGCAAAAUUCAGCUGAACUAGCUCUGGUAUAGGUUAAGGAUUCCAAGGUCCCAGCGGCACAUCCCCAUCCAGAAAUUCCCAAAGUACCCCCCCCGGGAUUUCAUGUUAUGUUCUCAAGACACCCCGUCUCUCAAGGGAUUAUUGCCUUGUCUUGUAAUAAAUUUAUGAGUAUACAUGUACGAGAAUAAGAAGAAAUUCGAAAGAGACAGUGGGCGCUUUCCAUUCACAUGGUAAACCGAUCAGAUCACGGUUUAGGCAAAUGAUCGGUAAAAUUCGGUACCGGAGCAGUAAAUUUCAUUCCGAAAUCUCGAUAACUGUCUGCAUAAAUCAGUUCAUUUACCGAAAAAAAGACCAAGUCUGUAACUGGUAUCAAAGAUGGGUUUAAACAACUGGAACAUAAAUUUAAGUUUUUAACAUUCCGUCCUGAAAAACAGGACUACCAUUUCAGACGUUCUGUUGCUCCGGAUAUCUUUUCGAAAACCCUACUCCAUUUGCACCCAAACCGGAAUUUCCGAAAUUUGUUGGUAAAUGGAAAGCGCCCAGUAUUUCUAAACUACAAGCAGUCUCUCUUUUUUCUUAUUAGACUCCGUCGAGCGAAACGCACAAGACAAGAAAAUGAGCACCGGCAAAAGAGUUUUGUUCGGGCUGCCGCCCUCGUUUCUUAGACACUGCUUGCAGUCCAGGUAUUAUAAACAGACACAAAUAAAUAAAUAAAUAAAUAAAUAAAUAAAUAAAUAAGAGCCUUAUCCAAUUCGACUUUCAGCACAGUGAAUCGGGGCACUACAGUGGCGGAUCCAGACUUUCAAAUAAGGGGUGGGGGGUGGGGGGGCGGUAAUCAAGACCCUGAGAUAAGCGGGGGGGGGCAGCCUCAAAAAAAAUUUUUUUUCAGCCUUUCGGGCCUCAUUUAGGUCUAAAAAUAACAGGGGGCCCGGGCCCCUCCCCUGGAUCCGCCAUUGCACCAGCGCCUCCAGUUUGUCGUCCGCUUUGGUGGUUUUGGGUCCACAUGGUCCUAUGCAUAUUAUUCAUCCUGGACUCUGAUACCCAUUAAGAUUUCCAUUAAAGCUAUUAAAAUGGCAAUAAGCAAAAUCAACGAGGAGAGAGUUUUCCACUGGUUUCUCAUUUAGCAAAUUUUGACCAAUGCUGACAGAGUUAUAGACAAAAAACAAGCAACAAUUGGGGAAAAAAUCCACUACCAAUUUUGCUAUUUACUUACUACUCUUAAGUUUACAGAUUAAAUUUCUUCCAAAAAUUCAUGCGAAGGAAAGACGGUAGAGUGGGCAACAAAACUGUGAGAAAAAAAAAUCCAAAUAGAAUCGCAAAAAAACAAAACAAACAAACAAAUCCAAAUUUUGUCUUAUGCAAAUGCGCAAAAAACAAAAAGCUGCUUAAUUACAUCCAAUUAGCAGAAAAACGGUUCAAAAAGAAGGAUUUGGUCCAAAAUGCGGUUUUUCCCCUAUGAUUGGCUGACGGCAAAGGACUGGUAUCAAACAUUAACAGGCCAUUUGCACAAUAGCGUCNGGGGGGGCGGUAAUCAAGACCCUGAGAUAAGCGGGGGGGGCAGCCUCAAAAAAAAUUUUUUUUCGGCCUUUCGGGCCUCAUUUAGGUCUAAAAAUAACAGGGGGCCCGGGCCCCCCGGGCCCCCCGGACCCCUCCCCUGGAUCCGCCAUUGCACCAGCGCCUCCAGUUUGUCGUCCGCUUGGGUGGUUUUGGGUCCACAUGGUCCUAUGCAUAUUAUUCAUCCUGGACUCUGAUACCCAUUAAGAUUUCCAUUAAAGCUAUUAAAAUGGCAAUAAGCAAAAUCAACGAGGAGAGAGUUUUCCACUGGUUUCUCAUUUAGCAAAUUUUGACCUAUGCUGACAGAGUUAUAGACAAAAAACAAGCAACAAUUGGGGAAAAAAUCCACUACCAAUUUUGCUAUUUACUUACUACUCUUAAGUUUACAGAUUAAAUUUCUUCCAAAAAUUCAUGCGAAGGAAAGACGGUAGAGUGGGCAACAAAACUGUGAGAAAAAAAAAUCCAAAUAGAAUCGCAAAAAAACAAAACAAACAAACAAAUCCAAAUUUUGUCUUAUGCAAAUGCGCAAAAAACAAAAAGCUGCUUAAUUACAUCCAAUUAGCAGAAAAACGGUUCAAAAAGAAGGAUUUGGUCCAAAAUGCGGUUUUUCCCCUAUGAUUGGCUGACGGCAAAGGACUGGUAUCAAACAUUAACAGGCCAUUUGCACAAUAGCGUCAUUUCACUUCUCCCACCAGAAUCCAUUUCGUUUUUCAGCCUUUCGUUCUUGAAUUCGAUAAUCCCAACAAGGUUUAAAUAAGAAUGGCCGAGCACAAGAAAUUAAAACCCGGCCGGAAGGAAUUUUGGCAGUAGUAGUCAAAAGCCGUCAUCGUACAGACCACCUCACAUCUCAUUUCUGUAAUGUUUAAAAUUAGUUUACUUUCUUAAUUAAUUCCAAUUUGGCUUUUCUCUUUCUUAUAUUUUUCUAUAACAACGUUAUAGCAAUUAAGGGUAUCUAGCAUAAUAUUCACAACUUGGGUCGAGCAACACUCAGUAGGAUGCAGGUAGAUUCCGACUUCCCUUCAACUAAUAACCCUUGGAAGUUGCUUUCGACAUUGUUCUGUUUACAGGUAUGGGUAUAUGCGCGCAAACUGCGUACACAACAGAUCAAAAAAAACAUGAUAGCACAGGGGCCUGAACUGGCUAGAGCGCAUGGCUAGCUAGUGUCGGUGCUUGAGCCGUAAACGAUGGAUUCGAGGGCGAAUAUACGCCGGAUAAUCGUGCGGUAAAUAAAGGGAAAAAUGCUCUACUUUUCCCGGUGGAUCGUUGCCUUGCAUUACACAAAUAAUGAUGUAAGUUCGGAAAAUAUAAUUUCCCUGCGCAUUGUAUAUUCUAUGAAAAUUGUUCUUUUCAGUGGUUCACAUGAAAAUAUUGCAAGCUUUCAUGAGUCUAUGCUUGGGCUCAAGUAAGAGCCGUUGAAAGCCGAAGCUCUCCUAUUGGUUUGAUUAACCGAUAGCUGAGAACUAGUCGAGAUUUUCGUCGAGAUUUUAAUCAAAGUAAGCUAAAACACGAAGCGUCUUACGAUCUGUCAUCCAAAGAUGUUACUGAAAGCUGAGAAAACUGUCAUUAGGGGAAUUCACCAUCUUAGUAUUCGCCGAACUGAGAUUACAGCACCCCCCCCCGCUCCCGCCACCACCCUAUGCAUGUAUGUCCUGGCAACAAAAUGUGUACCAGAAACAUGCAUAAAUAUUCCUUUGAAAAUGUAUCAAAUCCUCGCGGGUAUAUUAUGGCUUGCUAGUGUUAUGUUUUACACAACUGCAAAUAGCUAAUCAAAACUAAAUUAAAAUCCUAACCGAUCAGCCUUAGACUACAAGUAUAAAACGAGAAGAGCGAGGAAGAUAAAACUGGGAUGCCAGCGCCCAUAGAUAUUAGGGAGCUUUAGCAUCGACGACGGCAACGGCAGCGGAAACGUCAGUUUUAAAAUGAAUACUCGUUUUUUCAAUCUUUGUCGCGUUUAUUCCAAUUUGCUGAAAAUGGCAAGUGUAGGCAAAUUUCCCUGGAGUUGAUUUCUUUAGGACCGCACCCAAGUUUAGAGAGAGAAAAAGAGAUUCGUCGUCGCUUGUUUACGUCCUCCAUAAAACUUGUAAUUAGGCAUUUUCACGCCGUAGUCGUGCAAGGACGGUAAAGAAAUGUACAAAAAAGCGUGAUGCACGUGCAAAGUUGUUGUUUUGCGUAAUAAACCCAUUGCUUUUUUGACGUCUUGGUUGCCGUCGCCGUCGUCGUUGCUAAAGCUCCCUAUUGGCAGGAGUACCUUGCAAACAACCUCGUUCCCAGGUUCUCUCUCGCUCCGUAGGGACGGGUAGGAGAGAACCCUGGGAAUCAGGUUGCCUUGCAAAUUCCGGUAUUUAGCCGAGCUACAUAUCUAUUCGCGAUGUAAGUGUGACUGACUCUUCAGUAGUAAACAACAGAACAAAGUUAAGCGUCCCUUUGCCGACAAAACAAAAAGGUUAAAAAGACCCUAAGACAAAAACAACUUUAAAAUGUAGAUAAUUGAUAACCAAUACCACAAAAUAAUUACAUUUGGCUCUGCAGCAUUUAAAGUUAUGUUCAGAAAUGAUUAUAAAGUAAUGAUUAAGAAGAAGUAGUGUGCAAUGUGAGCCGGCAGGGGAGAGCUCUAGCUGUUGCGUAGGAUGGAGUUAAUAGUGAGAAAACUAGUCAAACUAGUUUUGAGAGUAUAUUUUACCUUGGUAUUAUUGUAUCUCUUACAGUCAUACUCGACUGAUUGAAUAUCAGUAAUAUUAUUUACAAUUGAGACUCAGUUUCCAUACCAGUUUAGUGCUCGCGCAUGUACAGUUCAUGUCAGGCUAAACGUAUGGUCCCUGUGGUUCCUGUUGGUCCUCCCCAAUCGUCUUCGAAACGUAAUCAAGGGGACACCCGUAAGCCACAGUUGACUUACAAACGAGGGAGUAAGUUUUUAUCCGAGUGUUGAAAGCUAGCGAGAGAACUAGAGGGUUGAGAACUAGAAGAUAAUGCAAACGUCUUCUGGGGACGUCUGCAAUCCGUACGGAAGUCUACAAAGAGGCGAGUCAAAUCUUUAAAAACUAUUUUUUUCCAAAUGUUAUAAAUGGUUCACAAGGUACUAGUAACGCAUCUGAAUUCGACACUAGUUGCCUCUUUUCGUUUUGCAAAUCUCGUCCUUCUUCAACUGUUUUUAAUCCGGGAUUCCCUUUUCUCUUUGAAUCCUUUCCUUCAUGUGCCUUGUGGUUUAAUUAAGCAACGGUUCAACUUGAUUUCGCUUCAAGUUUCCGUGUUUAUUACCUAGCUCAUAGCGUGCAAUAUUUUUAUAAGCCCUUGAAUGUGUUUGUGAUGAUUUUUCGUCUGUUAAGCCUUUAAGUAGGUAAAUAAUCUUCAUACUUUGCUCCUCAAGCAAACUGCAUGUGAUUAUUUAUUUUUCUAAGCAUAAGAUCAUGACCGACUGACUAAAGUGGCAAUACCAAAAAGAGAAAUUUGCUUCUUUAGGGGGGGGGUCUGUUCCGCCAAACCACUAAAGAACUAAAACGCCAUAGGGUGCACACACCGCCCCUUUCAUACGGGAGUCAACCCCCCCCCCCCUCCCCACGAGGAAGCUAGUUCCAUUAAAUCGAUGACCCUGAUUCCAAGGGUUAAUAUUUAGAGGUACUUAGAAGGACAAGUGAGCGAAGAAUACCUGAGUCAACAAACCAAAAUCACGAACAGUUGUUAAAUCCCAAAACCGCAAUUUCAUGGCACCAGAAGCUUUGACAAAUUUAUCGAGGAAAAUGUAGGGAGCUUUUCUACAAAUACAAAAUGUGAUUUCAUUAAUCUUCAUGCCUGAUUAUGGGUCUCAUUUAGAGCGGAUACACCCCCAACUAAUUUUUUGUCGAGUGAAUAAACUUUUAACGGAACCAAAUAACACGCUUAGCUUCCCACGAAUUAUCGUAAAAUUCAAAGUAAAAAUCCGAUAAAAGUCUCGAGGCUUACAAUUUUCAAAGACCUACUUUAAAUGGCUUAGAUUCGGAUGGGUUUAUCAUUGAAGAGAAAUUAGUCUCUCAUAAACGGUUAGGGUAACAAUUGGAAGGAAUUAAAUUCGUGCCCCAAAAUUUUCAGUGUACAUAGAAUAUUGUGGUGUUGACAUCAAACACGACAACCACAAUCUGCAUGGGAAAUUAAUUGACUCUUAAAAAUCCCACAAGUUGUCUUACAAUAACAGUCAACUAUCAAUGUCAAAAGAUGCUUCUUUUUGCCUUGAAAGCCAGAUCCUGUUGCUAAAUUUCGAACAAAAGCAUAACCUGGACACGCAAACUUUACUUUCAAGAAAGCUAAAGCUUAAGUUGCCAGAAAUCAUAUAUUUUUGUUUCAACUGACUAAAACUAUCAAGAAAUGCUCGAAAAUGAGUCAUUUUGAAAAAUUGUUGAAUCAUUACAGACAAAAUGAAACUAUCUUGGUCACAACUUUAGGGGAACUGAAUGACAACUGUUAAGUAUGUAAUACAAGAGCACACCUUUAGGUUAUAAAUGAGUACUUACUUAAACUUACAUCUUUAAGCUUGUGAGUUUACAGCCAACAAAAAUUAACGAAUUUGCAAAACACUCCCAAAUAUCAAUUACAUUACACAAGGUCGAAUUUUCAUGACCGGACAGGACUUUCUGCAUGAUUUUGAGACAUUCCGUGUGCAAUACAGUUGUCACACCACAAAUUCAUUCCGCCCUUAACUUUCUCGUAGGAAGGAUUAGGAAUGGUGUUCACGUAUAGUCAUUACCUGUAAAGGACUGGGAAAGUCUACCGAAUUUUAAAUCAAAGCGCUAAAAUGAGCGAUUGUAAUUUUCUCUGUUUUGACGUUCGUUAGUAGUUCAAUGACGCUCAAUGUUGGAAAAACAUUAUUUCCCGCUUCAUAAUAUUUUCAGGUCACGAGCAGAAGUUGUUAAAAAUGUACCUUCCUUCUCGUUACUCCACUUUGGGCCUCGCUUGCCACUCCUCGCCAUUCAAUUACGACGAUUCGACAAGAAGCAAAUCAAACUUUCAAACUAAUGGUAAGGUUAUUUCAUACUCACGGCUUACUCUUAAAGGAGCUACCCGUCAAAUCCCACUUUACAGCCCUGGGCUUAUAUAACUUCAUAAGGGGUUUUGGUCAACAUCUAUAAAACAAAUUUUGAUGUUUGUAAAGAAACGCAAAAGGAACACACUGAUACAUUAGAUGGGCUUAUAAACGGAGGGUCUUAUAUCCGGGAUAAUAUUUUCGUUAGCAAAUGGAUAGGCUUUUAUCCGGGGGGGGGGGGCUUAAAAGUGAGCUAUUCGUGCAUAGUGGAACAAUGUUGAUGUGGUUUAAGUUCACUUUUGUCUUUCGCCACCGAGAAUCAACCUCUCUCCCCACACGACUCUCUUCCUAUCUGAAAAGAAACGGAAAAGUAAAAACCUGAUAUAUUAGAUGGGCUUAAAAACGGAGGGGUUUAUAUCCGGGAUAAUAUUUUCGUUAGCAAAUGGGUAGGCUUUUUUCCGGGGGGGGGGGGCUUUAAAGUGGGACUUUACGGUAUCGUGUCACAAGGAUAUUGCUGUUUAAGGUCAACUCUGUGCUUAAGUCAUUAAUUAAUUAGUGCCUUCAGUCAUGCACUGUAUGAUGCUGUAAAGUUACAAAGAAGGCGUCACAAACAAAUUUCAUCAGGGAGCACUAACCAUAAUAAUUUUUUGGUGAUUUUUGCAGCCAUAGCAUUAAAACGUGAAAAAAAAUAGCCGAACUUUUUCAAUCUAUGUCCAUCCUUUCCGUAUGUUAAUGAGCUCUAAUGGAACGGACGACAGCAAACUCCUAAAUAUAGACUAGUAAAUAACAAAACUGGACCAUUAUUAUAUUUGGAAUUCAACUGAUGUAAAGACAAGUUUUAGCUUUUUAAAAAGAUAACAAAUAGCGUGACUGACAUAGCCCCGUUAGACGUAAGGAAAAAAAAAUAAACACGUCAUCAGGUCAGUUUUACACCUUGCUAGUAUACCUUUCUUUUUUCUAGAUUCAAACUAUUUCCCGUGCAGAACGGAAGGUCUUCCUCCACCUCCUCCAAUACUGGGGCCUGGCCGUGCAUUGCAUGCAUUGCAUAACACAUCUACAUCAUUUAUGAAAGGAGCAUCACAAGCGCGGUUCUUGAUCCCUUUAUACAAUCAAAGCUACGGCGCAUGCACGCACAUUACUCAUCGCGACAAUGGGCGAUAUGCGGAACCCAUUUUUUCGCCGACCGAAGGCAUGGAUGUGAGUUACGGUAACCUGUGUGCAUGCCGAGCUAAUUUUUGCUGCUGUUACAAAAUGAUCUGUAGCCAGGGCGGUAAUCAGUCCCUUCCAAAUUCACCAAGGCAAACAGAGGAGCCUAGUACCUAUAACGAAGAACUGACUGAAUUGCAAAGGCGUCAUUGCAUGGAACAAAUCUCAAUGCAAUGCCAUUUUCCACCACCUACAGAAGGCCUUUCACCCCAUCAUAAUACUUUGUUUACACAAGGACAAUCUAGAAGUACAGAACUAAUUCAACAAAACCCAGGAGUAUUUCAUCUUGCCACAACACAAGUUAAUGGUGACAUUGGCGAUGAUACGUUUGGAACCCAUUCUCAUGGACAAAGCAAACUUCAAGCUUUGAAGAAUGACCAUGAGAAAGCUAAAGAAAAAACUAAGCCGAAAAAAAGAAGAAAGAAAAGUCUCAGAAAACGAAUAACGCUGUCUGAAACAAUUAAUCCAGAGACUAAUAAAAGGCUUAAAAGGAUGUUUCUUCAGAGCCAAAAAGUUAGGACAGUCUGGAUUAAUGCUCAAACAUCACUGCUACAGGGAUUCUUGAGUCAACAACAGCACGACCAGGCUGCACCAUCGUCUGGCAGCGGAUUUGAAAACAUGAGAGCCAACAAAAUUAAGGAUGACGGAUCGAUUGAUUCAGAAGUCCAGUUCAUUUGUUCUACCUCUAAGAGUGAGGAAACCUGCAGUGAUAAUACGCCUCCAACUACAAAUUUCAACCAAGACAGUGAGCACUUUCUACCUCAACUUCCGCCAGACAUAGACUCAAAAAAAGGGAUCUAUGAAGAGCAGGCGACACCGAUGUUUGACAGCGCAUUUCCAAAUAUCAUAACCCAAGAACCCGGGGAUGGUGAACUGAAUGAUUCAGCGGCUUUCCCUCACCCUACAUCUUUGAGUCACGAAACUUGCAGUAAUAACACGCCUGUCACGACAAGUCUCAGCCAAGACGGAGAAAGUUUCCUGGUUGCGGCACUUCCGUUGGAAAGAAACGUUUCAAAUAAAACAAUAUAUGAAGAGGACAUAACAUUCAAUGAUUGUGGUGGCUACACUUUCGACUACGGCGAUCUUCCUAAAAUCGUGGCGGUGCACACAAUAGAAGAUAUAGGAAGGCAAUCAUGGUGGAAAGAGUUGGACCAAGCCGAAAAUCUUUCUUCAACUGAGAACAUACAGCUGAAUGAAAUGUUAGGUGGUACGUCAAGCAAUGAUGGGGGAUCUAGCGAAGAGUGCUUUAACAAUUCAGGUCUUCGACAAAACGCACCAGGAAAUUACCAGGUCGAGUCCUCCGAGCAAACAGCAAUCCACUCAUCCACUGUCCAGCCUGGACAGAGUCUACACAUAUCUAAGCCAGAAGAGCUUGUCAAUAGGGAUUCCCGUGAGCUUAACAAUCACGUCGACAGCAAUGUUUUGGUCCAAAGGGAAUAUGCAGACCCAAAUGAAGACCUUGCUAGACAGAGACUGGCAAUUGGAGGAUUUCUCCCAUUAUCUGUUUGCCAUGAGAAUAAAUCUAGAGACCUAUCGAACGUGGAUGAUCCCAAUGAAAUACGCCGCAGAAUUGAAAUUAUUGCUGAGAGAAUUAUUAGAGAGAUAACUCCUUAUAAAAAGGACAUUCUCUGCAAUGUGAAGAGAUUGUUGAUCAAACGGCUUUCGAAGCUGGAAAAGACGUCCAGAAGAGAUGAAUAUUAUUAA